AUGUCAUCGCAAUCUGUUUACGACAUUUAUCAUGAGAUUGAAGAUAUUGACCGUGGAAUUAGAGCGAUUAGAAAGAACCGAUAUCUAUCAGCUAUGGAAAAAAUAGCAAUUAUUGAUGAACAACUCGAUAUUAGAAAUUCUAAGAUAACAGAGUUACAGCAGCAGAGAGCUCGUGAAUUCAAAGAAUUUCUUGAUUCAUUAGAACUCGAUAAAACUGGUGUUGAUGCAGUAUUAUUCGAACCAACAAAAUGUAAUAUUAUUUUAAGGAACGAAGAAUCUCACAAACUAGCUACAUCUAAAAAAGUUGGACCGUGGGAUAGAAUGACUACUAAAUUAUUCCAUAAACAAAACGAUAAAUUCGAAGAAAUCAAAUUAAAGCAAAGUGAGCGCGAUUCACUAAGAAAAAAAAAUUUAAAGGCAAAGGUAGCCGAAUUAAAGAAGAAACCAAAGCUUUCUGACACAGAGCAAAUCAGUUUGUUUUUAAUGAGCAAAGAAUUAGAGAUUAUUCGUAAAUACCAAAAAGGAGAGCAAAGCAGUAAGUAA